CGAUCCAGAGAAAUUUCUAGAGAGGAUUCGACGUGAUGUUUGCCCGCCUGUUCGAGAAUUCGAAAAAAGGCACGAACUUUUUCGGUCGAUCUCAGAGAGAGAGAGAUGCAGAGGAGCCGAGCGCGGUCGGGGAGGAAGGCGCUGAAGGAACUGCCCAACAACUGCGGCAAUGGCUGCACGACCGCCGGCGCCGGCGCCGGCGGCGCGAAGGCCUCCGGGGAGAAGUGCGGUUUCAAAACGGCCGCGGGUAUGAGCAAGAAAUCGGUCCCUCCGUCCGCCCCGCCCGUGGGAAUCGAGGAAUGCAAGAUCGAGGAUGGAGUGCCAGAAGAAGGAGGCGGCGGCGGGGACUCGCUCGACCGCUUGCUGCUUGUCCAGUCCGAUCUCUCCGGCGUCGUGCGCCAGAUCGAUGAACUAGUAGCCCAAGCAUUUAAACUCGAAGAUAUGAGCAAGCAGGGAAAAAAGGAAGUUGAGUCUUUGGCACUCUUCCUGUCCAAAAUGCUGUCUUCAUUGAAGCCAUGGCCUUCCAGAUUGCAGAAGGCUUUCUCCAGUCCUCCCAUUGAGCCUACAAAUGUGGUAGAACCGUCUCCAGCAGUCUUAGCUUCUCCUGUCCAAGACGACGAAAGCAUUGUGGUUCAAAGUCCAGAGCAAGCCAAAAUGGAUUUGCUGAUUUCUCCUUCUCCCUUUGUAUCCUGGCAUGCUAAUUGUACCGUCGAAAGAGGUAGGCAAGUGUUCAUGCUCACACCUUUGCCAAUAUCAAGAGCAUUGUCAUCCAAAUGCCAGGAAUCAUCUAGAUCUUUACUGGACAAGAUAACUUCGGCCACUGCUCCACCACCUUCACUUACCGUACCUCAAGAAAUUAAAGAUGACUCACUAAAAAGUGUGGCUAUACAUCCAACCCCAAAUAAACCCAUUGAUACUCUUGUGAGGAGGAAGGACAACACUGAAGAGCUGGGUUUUGUUUCUCCAAUGGUGGUAUCGAAGAGGGACUGCUCCACGCUCAUGAUGACGCCUUGCUUCAAGCUGUCACCACUGAAGUCCUGUUCAUUGCUCGAACCCAUCUCUGAAUCUUCACUGGGGAAUCUUAAUCUUCGCAAGUCAACUCCAUUUCCUGUGGGAGUCAAUAAUUACAGUGCGUCAGAAUUGUCGGAAUCAUCUGGAGACAGAGCUCCAGAAGGUCUGGCCGCAAGGUAUCCAGAGCUUCUGGGGAUAAGACAGGAUAUUAAACUGGGAAUCAGAAAGGAGAAAAAGGCGUCUUCACCAGAUUGGUUUAUGUCUCCCCCCAAGUCUUGUAUUUUGAUGGAGCCCCCUGAUGAGAAACAGCUGACAAUCGCAACCACUAAUGGCCAGUUCACAGAAACUGUGCCUCUUCUGGCCCAGCAAGCCGACUCUCUUUUAUCACAAGGAAAUGCUGUUCUAGAAAGCCAUCUAGCAAUUGAGAAAUCCAGAAAGCAAGAACCUGUUGGCAGCACCAUGGCACUCGUUGAAAAUACUCCAGUUUGGAAGGAACCGGAGAGUAUUCUGAUGGGCAAAAGACCCGGCGAAACUACACUUAAGAGAGAACUGUGGACGAAGUUUGAAGCAGCAUCUGAUUAUGGUUUCCGGGUCAACUGCUCUACACCAUUAGAGACAGAAGGGAAAGGAUUUCUUGAUAGAUUAGAUGAGGUUUCCCUUGAUGGAGGAAGUCCAGCGGCAGAGACCUUCAGCUGACAUAAAGUACCCCGGAAAUUUUGACUUGUAAAUUGGGUGCCUGUAUUUUUUUGCUUCGAUGGCCUUUACUGGAGGAUUUUAUGCCUCCGCAGCAUGAAAUUCUGGGUGAGAAAACAUGAGAUGACGAGAACAGCCAUGCAUCGGCUGUCUCAGAUUUUGCUCCUGCUGUAUCUUGCAGGGUUCUUGGUCAACAAAUGGGAUGCGUUACCUGUUUACGGUUUCAUGUACAAUUUUUGACAGUUUGAUCAAUCAUGAUGGCAUUUUCUUUUGGAUGCCCCUGAAGAGAUAAGUAUUAUUCCUGUUGCAAAUAGUUCUAGGCACUGCAACUGACAGGCAGAUCGGAACUGCGGCUGUUCUUGAAUUUUUAUGUAUAACUCAUUGGCAAAAGCAAAACUGUGCAAAAGCUCUAGUUGGAAAGAUGUCGAUGAAUACCAUGGCGUGCCUUGUAAUGUCUGUUCCCAUGAAUGUUCUGUCUUGAUAA